AUGAUUAAGGAAAGUACUGAUUCGGGGGAGAUAAACGGCUCUCAGCCUCUCAUGAGUAGUGAUGGCGUAAAAUACUUACCUGAUGCUUUCUACACCUCCUUUCUAUCAGACAUCGCGAAGAACAGGAAGCCCAGCCCCAUUCGUAGUUUGUUUCCUUUGGAAUCGCGACCGGGGCUCAUAUCGUUCCUCGCGGGAAAGCCAAACGCGACAACCUUUCCAUUCACGUCCUUCAGCUUUACCGCUCAGGAUCCCCUUAAUCCCGACAGGGACACAGCGCUUACAAUCGAUGGACCCGCUCUCGCUCAAGGGUUGCAAUAUGGCGACACCAGUGGGCUGCAUGGAUUGCUUGAAUGGAUUUAUGGGCUCCAAGAGGCGCAGCACGGUAGAAAGCGAGGCGAGGGAUGGAGGGUCAGCGUUGGCGCCGGAUCGCAAGAUCUUAUCUUCAAGGCGGUAGCAGCUUUGGUCAACCCGGGGGAUCCUGUCCUGGUCGAAUCGCCCGUUUAUGCUGGCGUGAUACCCAUGUUCCAAAGUCUGAAUUGCGAGCAGAUAGAGGUAGAAACAGAUGCACACGGAAUUUGCGCAAGUUCCCUCCGGUCGAUCCUGGAGAACUGGCCAUCUGGGAAACUCAAGCCCAAAGUUCUGUACAGCGUCCCUUAUGGGUGCAACCCUACGGGUAUGACAGCUACACUUGAGCGUCGUAAAGAGGUCCUGGCCCUGUCGAGGGAGCACAAUUUCCUUAUUCUGGAGGAUGACCCCUACUUCUACUUGUAUUAUGGAGACGCGCCGCGCCCCCCGUCGUACUUCGCUUUGGAGUUAGAAGAGCCCGAAGCGGGACGUGUCUUACGUUUCGACAGUCUGUCCAAAAUCCUUUCUGCUGGCAUCCGAAUCGGCUUCGCUUCUGGUCCCGCUCCCCUCCUUAAUGCCAUUGAUCGACAUACCUCGACAUCCAACUUGCAGACUUCUACUCUGACCCAGGUAAUAAUACACACGCUCCUGGAAUCAUGGGGUUAUGAGGGCUUUAUCACCCAUACGAGGAAUGUGGCGGCUUUCUAUCGGCACAAGCGAGACGUUUUUGAAACCGCCCUUCAGAAGCAUCUCUCUGGUCUUGCCGAAUGGAGCUCACCGCAAGCUGGGAUGUUCUUCUGGUUUAAGCUACUCCUCAACGAGCAGGAUGGAGCUGGAGAUUCCGAAAGUAUAAUUCGGACGAAAGCACUCGAACGGGGUGUUCUAGCUCUGCCUGGGACGGCGUUCUUGCCGAAUGGUAGGAAAACAGCAUACGUCAGAGCUGCCUUCAGUUUAACAGGUGAAGAGGAAGUGAACGAAGCGAUCAGAAGGCUCCGCGAGGUUAUUCUCGAGGAUCGGGCUGCAAAGCUAUCCACUGUGUAA